CCAAAUCAGCAAGUUCAGAAGAAUAUGAAGUCCCACUAUCGUUCUUCAGGUGCUUUUCUCUUCAUCUUCAUCAUUCUUUUGACAAUCUGUUUAAGCACUGAAGCUCAGACCUCCAAUCCAAGUCGCAAACUAGUAGGAAAAAAGGCUCCUCUGGUGUCUCAUACAAAGGCAACCUUGACAAUCAACAGCUUCGAAGCAGGUGGUAGUGGUGGUGGACCAGCUGAAUGUGAUGGCCAAUACCACUCCGAUAAGACCCUGAUCGUGGCAUUGUCCUCCGGAUGGUACAACAAUGGGAAGCGGUGUUCAGACUACAUUACCAUAGAAGGCAAUGGAAGGAGUGUGCAAGCCAAGGUUGUAGAUGAGUGUGACUCAUCAAGAGGAUGUGCUGAUGACAUCGUUGAUGCCUCUAAAGCUGUUUGGAAGGCCUUGGGAGUUAAGGAAAACAGCAGGGACUGGGGUGAGAUGAAGGUAUUCUGGUCUGAUGCCUAAUCGCGUGAGUGCCUAUAUAUUUUGGUACAAAUAAGAGUGAAGAAAGUUCAUAGAGUGACUUCCUCCCCAUAAUCGAAAAUAAAGAGUGAAGAAGCUGGCAAGUGAUAAAAAGGGCAUCUUUAGAACUCAUAUACUGAAUUGCUGAUAUGGAGGCAGUAACUUAAUAAAAAAAAUAUAUGCACUUCACACCAUCUUUAAGUUUAAUCUUCAGUUCUGUGUUCAUGAAUGGCUGAUAAGCCGAAAACUGUUGUAUGAUCACUGGACUA